AUGAAGACAUUCAGUGUUGCAGUUGCCGUGGUCAUGCUUGCUUUUAUUUACAUUCAGGAAAGCUCUGCUUUCCCAUUCACUGGAGUGCAAGAGCCGGAGGAGACAGUGAGCAAUGACAAUCCAGAUGCAGCAGAGGAGGAGACGUCAGUGGAAACAUGGAUGAUGCCAUAUAACAUCAGGCAGAGGAAUUACACUGGUCCUAUUAGAUGCCGUUACUGUUGUGGCUGCUGCGUCCUUGAUGUCUGCGGUAUGUGCUGCAAGUGAGGAUUCUUGUACCUGCCUGGGACUCCUGCUACAAGGACUGAAAUUUAAUUUGCUGUGCUCUCUGUCAUAAAUUGAAAAUCUGAUGUCACCGGAUUUGGUCAUGUUAUAGUUACUAUGUGACUGCGUCUUCAACACUUUAUAUUAAACGUCUUUAGAUCCUGUGGUGUAUUAUCAUAUUUCACUUUAAUGUAAAUAAAAUAUCGUACCAUCGAGAUGAGUGUUGUGGAUAAACUCUCA